UCGUUACUUCGUUUAGGUGCAUAUCCCAAAGAUGAGGAUAUUGAAGACGUCCUUUAUUUCCUUGUGGAUGCUUACAACAAAUAUAAUGACGAACAGAUUGGGUAUGAUGAAAUUGAUUGGGACAAACUCACUAUUGACGUUCGACAAAUAAUUUCUGGCAUUAAUUUUGUUGAUUCAUCUCAGACUGAUGAUCAGCAUGUGAUUUUGAUUCUCGACAAAAAUGUUCAAAUGCUACCAUGGGAAAGUUUACCAUGCUUGCGGUCUCAAGCUGUUUCGCGAUUGCCAUCCCUGUCAUUUUUAAGAGAUCGCAUAAUGUUUAUGAAUCAUAUCAAUAAUCAACAAUGCGAAUCGAACAUUUCGAACUACGUUAUUGAUCAACGCAAGGCCUUUUAUGUUCUCAAUCCGAGGUGGGAUGGAGUUAUUAGUCGCCCUCCUUUUGAACAGGAAUGCAAAAAUGGUUUGGCAAAUAAUGACCUUUAUAUGUAUGUAUUACAACAGCAAUAUAUUCGAAGUCAUCGUAUUAGAGCCCUUGACCGUUGUGCAGUUACACUGUUAUUUGGAUGUAGUAGUGGCCAUUUGUGUGAUGGAGGAGAGUUUGACCCAUCGG